GGCCGCUGCAACCAAUGGUUUUGAGACAAAGGCGUGUACAAGCCUAGUUAGGGUGUCCUUGCAGGGUGUCUUGUGCUAAACUUCACCAAAUAAUAGCUGUUUGUAUUUUGGCUGCAGCAGUGGCCAUUUUAGUAAAUGGCACAUACAUCACUGUCCCCUGGAAAUCUAACAAUCUAAUUGACAUCUCACAGAAAUGAGCUGAAGAAGGAACUAUUUUCUUUCCAGGUAUAGUGGAAAGACACCAUUUUCAAAAUGAAGGCUGUCCUUAAAAGAGAAAGCAAAAAGGAAAUGCCAGAGUCUAUUCCGCUGCUCGGUUAAAGCCUGAACUAUGGGUGAACCUACUUGUUGAUUUUGCCUAUGUCAAAAUGUAUAAACUAUUAUUAAAUGAUCAUGAAGAUACAGAAGGAAGAGCAACAGCUGCCCAGUUUGAAAGCACUUUGCCACUCUCCAAUGUCCAGUGUCUCCAUACCCUAUGAACACCCUGCUCUGUCCCCAUUCACUGACACCCCUGAAGAUUUUCACUCUGUAACACUUCUAGAUUCAGCUACUCAACUGUGGACUGAAAAUGAACUGUACACAGACUCUAGACAGAAUUCUGAACCUGACAUUGUAACAAACUUAAAUGGGAUGGAGGACAGUGGUGGAGGAGGAACAGGUGUCAAGAAAAAAAGAAAGAAAAAAGAACAGAGUGAAGAGAAGGAGACAAAACCAAAGAAGAAGAAGGAGCCCAAGAAGGUGAAAGAGCCGAAAAAGGUUAAGGAACCUAAGGAGGCAAAGGACCCGAAGCAGCCCAAGAUCCCCAAGGAGCCGAAGAAACCUAGGAAGCCACGGGAGCCCAAGCCUCCAAAAGAAAAGAAAACUAAUACUGACUCUGCUGCCAAAACCAAACCCAAGAAAUCAAGCAAAGUACAGGGACCAACUCCAAUUGAAAAAAAGAAGAAAGGGAAGAGGAAAGUGGAUUUCUCUGAGGAGAGUUUUGAGACUGAGAUGCCAAUUAUUAACCAUGAAUCUCAGAGCACAGAAGAGUCCGCAGAAUCUCUAGAUAGCCAGAAGCGGAGGUCAGGGCGACAGGUAAAGCGGCGGAAGUACAAUGAAGACCUGGAUUUCAAAGUUGUGGAUGACGAUGGAGAAACUAUUGCUGUUCUUGGACCCGGUAGAGCAUCUGCUCUGUCUGCAUCCACACUAGCAUGGCAGGCUGAGGAGCCUCCUGAAGAUGAUGCCAACAUAAUAGAGAGGAUCCUUGCUUCAAGAUUAGUGCAGAAAGAGUGUGGUCUAGGUGGAAUACCAGUGGAAGUGGAAGAAUUUUUUGUGAAGUAUAGAAAUUUUUCAUAUCUCCACUGUAAAUGGGCAACCUUGGAAGAUCUUGAGAAGGAUCCAAGAAUCCAACAGAAAAUUAAAAGGUUUCGGACCAAGCAAGCACAGAUGAAACACAUAUUUACAGAGCCAGAUGAAGAUAUGUUUAAUCCAGACUAUUUGGAAGUUGACAGAGUAUUAGAAGUUGCCCAUACAAAGGACACUGACACUGGAGAAGAAGUAAUACAUUAUCUUGUAAAAUGGUGCUCUUUGUCUUAUGAAGAAAGCACUUGGGAGUUGGAGGAGGAUGUGGAGCCAGCCAAAGUUAAAGAGUUUGAAACACUGCAAGUUGUACCUGAAAUUGGCCUGACGGAGCGUCCAGAUUCUGAUUCCUGGCAGAAACUCGAGUGUUCACGUGUGUACAAGAACAACAACCAGCUAAGAGAGUAUCAACUGGAAGGGAUGAACUGGUUGCUUUUUAAUUGGUAUAAUAGAAAAAACUGCAUCCUUGCUGAUGAGAUGGGUCUUGGCAAAACCAUCCAGUCAAUCACCUUUCUAUCAGAAAUUCAUCUCAUGGGCAUCCAUGGGCCAUUUCUCAUCAUUGCUCCCCUAUCUACCAUCACUAACUGGGAGCGAGAGUUCCGUACAUGGACAGAGUUGAACACGGUGGUCUACCAUGGGAGUCAGAUCAGCCGACAGAUGAUUCAUCAAUAUGAGAUGUUCUACCGUGAUGCACAGGGUCUGCCCAUUCCAGGAAUCUUCAAGUUUCAUAUUGUCAUUACAACAUUUGAGAUGAUCCUAACUGAUUGCCCUGAACUGAAGAAGAUUCGGUGGAGCUGUGUAAUUAUUGAUGAAGCACAUCGACUAAAGAACAGAAAUUGCAAGCUUCUAGAGGGACUGAAACUUAUGGCACUGGAGCACAAGGUUCUUCUGACCGGGACUCCUCUGCAGAACUCUGUGGAGGAAUUGUACAGUUUAUUGAACUUCCUAGAACCUGUGCAGUUUCCUUCAGAAAGCACUUUCCUGGAGGAGUUUGGGGAUCUGAAGACAGAAGAACAGGUUAAGAAGCUCCAGUCCAUUUUAAAACCCAUGAUGCUUAGAAGAUUAAAGGAUGAUGUAGAGAAAAAUUUAGCACCAAAGCAGGAGACCAUCAUUGAGGUGGAACUGACCAACAUUCAGAAAAAGUAUUAUCGUGCAAUUCUUGAAAAGAACUUUACCUUUCUGACCAAGGGUGCCAACCAACACAAUAUGCCCAAUCUCAUAAACACCAUGAUGGAGCUGAGAAAAUGCUGUAACCACCCCUAUCUCAUCAAUGGCGCAGAGGAGAAGAUUCUGGAAGACUUCAGGAAGACACAUAGCCCUGAUGCUCUGGAUUUCCAACUCCAGGCUAUGAUACAAGCUGCAGGAAAACUUGUACUUAUUGACAAGCUCUUACCCAAGCUAAUUGCUGGUGGACACAAGGUUCUCAUUUUCUCUCAAAUGGUGCGAUGCUUGGAUAUUUUAGAAGAUUAUCUCAUUCAGAGGAGGUACACUUAUGAGCGAAUAGAUGGCAGAGUGAGAGGUAAUCUUCGUCAGGCUGCUAUAGAUCGAUUCUGCAAGCCAGAUUCUGACCGCUUUGUGUUUCUGCUGUGCACAAGGGCAGGAGGCCUUGGGAUCAACCUAACUGCUGCGGACACCUGUAUCAUCUUUGAUUCUGACUGGAACCCCCAAAAUGAUCUGCAAGCCCAAGCUCGCUGCCAUCGAAUAGGACAAAGCAAAGCUGUCAAAGUUUAUCGCCUCAUUACCAGAAACUCUUAUGAGAGGGAGAUGUUUGAUAAGGCAAGCUUGAAGCUAGGACUGGACAAGGCAGUAUUACAGGAUAUCAAUAGGAAGGGAAAUACUAACGGAGUCCAGCCUCUUUCCAAGAUUGAAGUAGAGGAUCUCCUUCGCAAAGGAGCAUAUGGGGCAUUGAUGGAUGAAGAAGAUGAAGGCUCUAAAUUCUGUGAGGAAGAUAUUGAUCAAAUCCUACAGCGCAGAACCCAAACCAUCACCAUUCAGACUGAAGGAAAAGGGUCUACAUUUGCCAAGGCCAGCUUUGUGUCCUCAGGUAACAGAACAGACAUAUCUCUAGAUGACCCUAAUUUCUGGCAGAAGUGGGCAAAGAUUGCUGAGCUGGAUACAGAUUCAAAAAAUGAGAAAGAGAGUCUGGUUAUAGACCGUCCUCGUGUCCGCAAACAGACAAAACAUUACAACUCGUUUGAGGAUGAUGAGCUGAUGGAAUUUUCAGAGCUGGAAAGUGACACAGAAGAGCGACCUACAAGGUCCCGGCGGCUAAAUGACAAAACAAGACGCUAUUUGCGGGCGGAGUGCUUUAGAGUGGAGAAAAAUCUCCUUAUAUUUGGUUGGGGUCGCUGGAAAGAUAUUUUGACCCUUGGGCGUUUUAAAUGGCACUUGAAUGAGAAGGACAUGGAAAUGAUCUGCAGGGCACUGCUGGUUUACUGUGUCAGACAUUAUAAGGGAGAUGAUAAGAUAAAAAGCUUUAUCUGGGACCUUAUCACUCCCACCAAGGAUGGGCAGAACCAGGCUCUACAGAACCAUUCAGGUUUGUCUGCUCCAGUGCCUCGUGGUAGGAAGGGGAAGAAGAUGAAGAAUCAAAUGCUUCUCCCAGAGAUCAAGAAUGCGGACUGGCUUGGCAGCUGUAACCCAGAGAUUAUCUUGCAUGAUGAUAGCUACAAGAAGCACCUCAAACAGCAUUGUAAUAAAGUCCUCUUGCGGGUUCGGAUGCUGUACUAUCUCAAGGCUGAGGUCUUGGGUAAUGCUGCAAGCAAGGCUUUGGAAGGACUAAAUGUUAGGGAACUGAAUGUCUUGUUACCUGACAUAGACUAUGUGGAGAUACCUGUGGACUGGUGGGAUUCUGAAGCUGAUAAAUCACUCCUGGUUGGGGUUUAUAAGCAUGGCUACGAACGUUAUUGUGCUAUGAGGGCUGAUCCCUGUCUCUGUUUUCUGGAGAAGGUGGGCUUGCCAGAUGAGACCUACCUAUCAGUCGAUGGCAUUAAUGACACUGUGCCGGAUCUGGGUGAACGGAGCCAGUCAGACAAGGAGGAUGUAAAUGAAGGGAAGCCGGAAGUUCAAGAAGUUCAAGAAGAGCAGAAGAAUCCUGACAUCUGCACAAACAAUAUGGAGCAGACAAAUGAUGAGAACAAUACAGCCCAGGAUAUCCCUGAAUCAGAUAGACUGAUUUGGCCUGUUGCAUCUGCCCUUACUGCACGGCUACGGAGACUGAUUACAGUAUACCAGCGUUGCAAUCGUAAAGAUCUAGCCAGGCCAGAGAUUUUGGCUCCCACAAAUCACAGUUACUGGCUACAGGAGGAAAUGGUUAGAAGAUCUGAAAUAGAUCCCAUCAUGAAGGAAAUGCAGAAAAGAUGGACAAGAAGAGAACAGGCAGACUUUUAUCGAACGGUUUCCUCCUUUGGUGUGAUAUAUGACCCAGAGAAGAAGUGCUUUGACUGGACACAAUUCAGAGCUUUAUCCCGCCUUGAUAAGAAGACAGAUGAGAGCCUGGAGAAAUACUUCCAUAGCUUUGUUGCCAUGUGCAGGAACGUCUGCCGACUCCCACUUAGGAAAGAUGAUGGUUCAGCUGACCCCUCUCUUUUUCUGGACCCAAUAACAGAAGAACGUGCAGCAAGAACUUUGUAUCGUAUUGAACUUCUAAGAAAAGUUCGGGAGCAAGUGCUUAGGCAUCCUCUACUCCAUGAACGUCUUAAGCUCUGUCGGCCAAGUCUUUAUUUACCUGUGUGGUGGGAGUGUGGCAAACAUGACCGAGAUCUUCUAAUAGGCACAGCAAAACAUGGUCUGAGCCGUACAGAUUAUUACAUCAUGAAUGAUCCUCAGUUGACAUUCCUAGAUGCCUAUAGGAACUAUGCUCAAAAUAAAAGAAAUGGUACAGAGAGUAUAUGUUGCCAUUCACAAAUAAACUCUAAGAUAUAUGAGCCAACUACUUGUCACCUGGAAAGUAAUUGUGAAUCUACGAAGGCAGAAGAUGAUAGGCAGAUUAAAAUUGAACCUGUUGAAGAAACUCAGACUUCAAACCCAGAGGAACUCACAUGUGAAAACUUUAUAUCUCAAGUUGGAGAUAUAACCUCUAACAGCCAGGAUGAAUGUUCAUUGCCAGAUUCUCUUAUGUGUAUGAUUUAUGAUGAUAAAACAUGCAACAGUGAACAGAGUUCCCUCACACAGGAGAGCUUCUUAGGUUUGGAAACAAAAAGUGAACCACCUGAAUAUUCACUUAGUAAGACCAUGGAUGGCAAGGUUACCCCUACUAAAAAGAUUGCAUCUGGUGACUGUUUUCUUGGAAACCCUCAGCUGGAGGGAGAGUCGGUAGACAGAGAAACAAUAGACGGACCUUUUGUUACAGCAAAGACCAGUCAUCUUCAUUUCCCGGUAGAAGACACUGAACUAUCACAAACUGGGACAACUGGACAGAAGGAUGUCAGCACCUUGAAUGAUAACCACUUUUGUUCAUCCCUUGGUCAAACUUCUGACCAAUCCUUAGCACUAGAUCUGGAGUUUCUUGGCAAGUCAUUUGAGACACAUUCAACUUUGAGUGCUGCCAUCAAUCAGGAAAAUAAUUGUGAAACCAACAAAGAAGUUAGUGAUGUUUCAAGCUUUAAAGGGCUGUCUUUGCAGGAGAAAGAAGAGUGGGGGGCUGACCUACAAGAGAUAAAAGAAGACCCUAUUAGAAAAUGGCACAAUGAGCUGAAUGAGCUUAAAGAUCCCCUGUUUGACGACAACAAUGAAGAUCAAAAGACAGAGAACAUAAGGGUACUUUGUGACUUACACAUUGAAAGGCAAUGUGUUCAGCAACUGCCUGACCAAGAGCCAUUAGAGGUGAGGCAUAGAGGUGGCCAUAUGCUUUCUGGACUAUUGAAGAGUGAAGUACUGGAUAUAAAAGAAGAAGAAUCCUUGGCAGGAAAUCAGGGAAUGGGAUCCCAGUGCCCUUUUGAUUGCAACAAAACAGUUAAGCUUGAGGAGUCUGAGGUGAAAAAAGAAAUUGUGGAUGAGGAAUGCACCUGUAAAAACUUUCUUGAUAAAUAUUCUGAAGAGGACGCUAAAACUUGUAUAACAUCCAUUCCCAGGGAAACCGUUGAAGAUUUCCAGGAUGGCCGGGCUCCUACUAUUGCUCAGCUUCUGCAAGAGAAGACUCUGUACUCCUUCUCAGAAUGGCCCAAGGAUCGUGUGAUUAUUAACAGAAUAGAUAACAUUUGUCACUCCGUGCUAAAGGGGAAGUGGCCGUCCUCCAGUCAGCAGUUUGAAGCACAGUGCAUGGUGCCUGCUUCCAUUUUAAAUUGCAGCCCAUCUGCCAGGAACAGCUAUACUGCUUCAGAAGCACAAAAUAUAACCUUCAGUAAUGGCUCCCCUGUAUCACAAUUACAGAAGGAAGCGUUAGCUGCUGCCUUUCAAAAUGAUGAUCGUAAAUCAAGAAGACAAUUCGAGUUUGAAAACAGGCAAGACACCAAGCACAGAGGCUUGGAGCAUCUCAAUACACCUCAUGGACGUUCUAAUGCAGCACUUAAUGGCUGGCGAGAGACUGCCAUGGAUCUGUGCCGAGAUCAGGCAAUAAGUGGGAGCUCUUCCUACUCCAUGAACACAAGUACUCCAAAAAUGUCCUCUAUAAGUGGGUUGCAGGGGUCCCUAGGAAUGGACUUUUCUGGUAUUUUGCAAGCAGGUCUUAUACACCCUGUAACUGGACAAAUUGUAAAUGGGAACUUACGUAGGGAGGAAUCCAGCAUGAGGAGGAGGAGAGGAAGAAGAAAAAACGUGGAGGGUCUGGAUUUGGUGUUUCUAAAGGACCGUGGGAUGCAUGCUGGAAUUCUGGGACUGCGUGAGGAGUCCAACCAAACGUCCUCUGGAGCGACACACACAGAUGGCUUAGCUUCUGCCUCUCCAGAUCCUGCUCCCAAAGAGACUAAACUCCAGUCAGAGAAGGUGAUCCCCAACAAAAGCCUUCUUGAGUGGCUACGCCAACAGUCAGAUUGCACAAUAGACAUACCAACUUAUGGAGGUAGUUUUUCAGAAAAGCCAAAACAGAGACGGCAGCGAUGCAAGGAUCAUACUAAACUGGACAUUAACCUGCUUACUGGUGAAGAGCGGGUACCGGCAGUGAACAAGGAAACAGGACACAGGGGCUUCCUUCAAGAGAGUAAGUUCAGCAGGGUGUUAACUGAGCCUGUUAUGCGAGAUACAGGUCCUAGGCGAAGGGGAAGGCGGCCUAGGAGUGAGAUGACAAAGUCCACUGGAGCAGCAGUAUCAGACUCUCCCUCUGGAAUGGGCCAGCUUUUUAUGAAUGGUUUGAUUGCAGGAAUGGAUAUAGUAGGACUGCAGAAUAUGAGGAAUAUGCAAGGCAUCCCUUUAACUGGACUGGUAGGGUUCCCUACAGGCUUCACAACAGUUUCUGCAAAUGAUGAGAUGAAGAGCACCUUAAGCAUGUUACCAAUGAUGCUCCCUGGCAUGACUACCAUGCCUCAAAUGUUUGGUGUUGGGGGGAUUAUAAAUUCUCCUAUGUCCUCUUCUGUGUCAACUUCUUUAGGAAGCACAAUAAAAAGUGGGUCCUCACGCACAGAGAAAGCCACAGAGGACAAUGAUGGCAGCCAAGAAACUAAACAAGACACGGCACCUUCUGAGAAAGUUGGAGGUGGCUCCUUUCAGGAGCAGUCAGACCCUGCAGUGACUACCAGCAGCCCUGUAGCUUUCAACCCAUUCCUUAUCCCUGGCAUGUCCCCAAGUUUGCUUUACCCAUCUAUGUUUCUGUCACCUGGGAUUGGCAUGGCAAUACCUGGGGUUCAACCAAACCGCUUAUCUGAGUCAAGUGGUCUUGAUCAACCUCGAAGGAAGAGGAAGAAAGUGAAGGAUGACUCUCAGACCUCUGAACUAGAGACUGUGCCCAAUACAGAAAGCGUAGACCAGGAGCAACCAUCACCUAAUAGCCAGAACUGUAAAUAUAAUAGUGAAGUACCCGCAUCUGAGAAAGAUGGGGAUGAUUCUGGUUUAAAAGGGACUCUGGACAAUACCAACUAGAACUUUCCCUCCAGACAUAGUGACUUGUGAGUUUUCUCUCCCAUGGCUAUUCCUAGCUCUCUGUCAGAUCUCUGGGGUGUGCAACCUCUUGUAACCAUUUUUUAAUGGUGUUUCUGUAUCCGCUAAAUGGAGGGGUUCUUUUCAUCCUGACACUAGUUUGACAAACCAUGAUUGGUGGCUAGAAUGGUAAAUCUGAAAAUUCUGUUUUGAGAGUUGUUGUUUUUUUUUAUUUUCAUUCCAUCAAAGGGUAAUUCAAUUAUCCUAGUCUUUUAUCCUCUACUUGUCUUCAACCCCCAAAAUAACCCAAGUUUUUGGUUUAAAGGCAGAGUGUAGCACAAGGUCUUAAAGCAGCAAUCCCUAAAGCCAAAGAUGGGCUUUUAGCUAAAGCAAUAGAACUGGUGUUGUCCAUAAUCAGUACAUCACUGAAAGCUCUUAAAGGGGUGACGUUCAUCCAGUGGUAGAUAUGAAAUGAAGUGUGGUGGUUCUGACUUACAGAACCAAUAUGACACUUGGAGAAAUACAGCUUCUUGAUCCACCAAAGGUUUAUAGAGAAGGGAAAGAUGCACUUUUAACGAAUAUUCUUUUCUUUUAAAAAGAAAAUUGGAUAUUUGAUAUAAAAAGAAUAAACAUUUUGGAUUAGUGCAGCGUUGUAAAAAAAAAAAAAAAAAAAAGAUACAACCCUUAAAUGCAUUGCACCUGCUACAGUUCUGGAAAUGGGAUAGUGAAUUUCCUGUUAAAAGUAGAAAAUAGAUGUAUAUUUCUUUAAAAAUAGUAUUUUUUUAAUUAACAUGAAAUACAAUAUAUAUGCGUGUAUAAAUAUAUAUAUAUAUAAGCUAGAGGAUGGCAACUUGAGAAAAUCAACUGAAUAGUUGCUUUCCAGUAACCCAGAAACAAACAACCUCCUACCCCAUUUACUUUAAAAAAAAAGUUAUAUCUUUCUUUGUUUGUGGGUUAUUGACCAAAAAUCUAGAGACAAAAUUAAAUUGAGGAAUAAAGUACUGUAUCCUCUUUAAUUCUGCACAGACAUUGCCGGGUAUGCACAGGCACCAUUUAAAUGUUGGUGUCUGCAUAAUCUUUUUCCACAAGGUGCAAAAAAAAUGAGUGGCAAUAUGUUCAGCAGAAGAGAGCUGCAUGGUGUUCAUAUGAGCUGUACAUCAUUUUAAACACUAUAGCUUAUUGACAUCAAAAGGGUAACUCAAGGUAGGGAGACUUAUUGGUAGCUGUAAGGAACAAAAUUCCAUGGGCUGCAUUUGCUCCUCUUGCUUUCCCUCCAGACAUAUGUGCAAUUAAGAUCUGAGGAACAUGGGUGAUAAAGGUAGCACUUAAUUCUGUAUGUAGUUAUUAGUAGACCUUUGCCCCCAGUAUGUCAAAAAAUAGAUCUGUGUCUCUCUCACUCUUUCCCUUGGUCUUCUAGUUACAUUUCCAGAGGUCUUUUACUGAGAAUGAGCAGUGCGGUAUAACAGAUUGCUCUGUGCAAUAAACAAACUCUUUCUAGCUUAGGAACAGUAUUAAAAUUAUAAAGCUUAAUUUAAAAGCUCUUGUGACCAAGAUGCCUUUUUUUAUUUCUGCUGUAAAGGAUCCAGCACUUUGUCUAUAACAAUCAUGCUAUUCCUAUCGGUACCCCUUAUUGUUGCACAUCAUAAGAGCAGGACAUGGGCGCAGUGCCUCAAAAUGACUUCAGAGUUACAAGCAGAGACAAAAUGAGGUUUUACACUGUAGUUAUGACCGAACCCGUACACUCCUACAUGUAUCUUCAUUCACAGGGACAGUGGGUCCAUAUGCUCUGUGGCACAAUUGUAAGCACUCUAACACAAGUAAGCACUUUUUUUGCUUCGGUUUUAACACCUACAACAUCCACCUAUAAAAGAAAAAAGCACUUGGUGAUUUUUAUUAAUAUUUAGAAAGUAAAGACUAGUUCUAGAUUUUACCUGGUUACUGCAUAUAUCUAUGUUAGAAAAUAAAUUUAUAAAGGUAGAAAUCACUGUAGGGUAACAUAAACAAAUACAAGGACACAUCACUGUAUUAAUUAGAGGGGCUGCUGCUUUAACUAUUCUGCAGGUCAGGUCCAGAGUUGAAUUUGAUUUUGCUACAGAGCACUGAAUUAAAAUCUCCUUUGCAAAGAUUUUGCGACAUAUUAGUGCUUUGUAAGCCCCUCUGGAAGUGAAAGGUAUAAAAGAGCACUAACCACUUAUGUCCCGAUUAUCAAAAAUUUGCAGACAUGGAGAGAGAUCACUCAAAACAUUUUUUAAAGCAUUAUAUUGUAUUUGUCUCUCCUUCACAUUUAUAACCCUGAGAUAAACAGCUCUCAAGCUAAAAAUUUGCCUUUUUAAAAUUCUUUGAGGGAACAGUACUGACGAGACUGCUUAGAUAAUCUCACCAGAGCGGAGAGCUUUAGAAAACUUGGCCAUUAGAAACCAAAUCGAACCAAAUGUUGAUUGUUAAUGAAUAGAUUUUUGCAAUCAGUGAUGUAAAAAAGUUGUAUCAGUUAUACAUUUUUACUCCAAUUAAUUGUAAUCAUUAAAAUCAUACCCAAAGGA